UCAUUUGCUGUUUGCUGUUGGCAUGUUGGUGAGGUCGCACGUUUGGCAUGCAAACAAAAUUCAGUAUAAAAUUGAAAAUGUCGUUGUAAUAAGUUGUGCGCACGGUUGGAAUUUUUUCGAAUUUCCACUAAACGGCGCCCCCACACACCCCGCCAAAAGCCAUCGCUUUGCGGUUACAGCUAACCAAACCACCAACCACCCACCUAAGGCGGGAGUUGAGUGUUCAAUGUCCUAUGUUCCGUAUUGAGUGUGACUGCAACAGCUUGCGGGACAGUAAAAACGAAAACGGUUAAUUUUUAGUUAAAUUAAAAGAAACAAUAAAAAAUGAGAAAAGUUCGUUCGUAACAGAAAUGCGAAAUUCGUGCAUAGAAAUGAAGUGGAAAAUUAGCAAAUUGCAAAGUGCGAGCGUGCAAAUGAAACGCAAGAAGUGCGCGAUGACUGGACAGCGCGAUGCAGUGGUGAGACCAAGUAUGCGGUGAAGAUAGAAAAAUUACAAGCACAGAAAAUACGAGUAAAUUACGAAAAAUAAAUAAAUAACCAAACGUGAAAUAGUGAAGUAAGUGAAAACACAAUUGUACAAAAAUCAAGCAAAUAUUAAUCUCACCUAACAAAGGCACAAAUCAAAUACAGCGCAGGGACAUAAAUGGAAAUAUGACGGUCAAACUUGUAAUUGAAUUGAUAUGCGUUCGCUUAGUAACUACUUGCGAAUUAGAAUAAAAAAAGAGUAAAAAGUGUUUGUAAUGCAAGAGUGAAUGAAAGUGAAAAAAUAUUUGUUUUGAAAAUAUAAAAUUUUAAAAAUUGUACUUAAAUUAAAAGCUACGCAAAAAUAAGUUCACAAAUUAAACAAUUUUAAGGCUUUUCAAAUGCUGGAAAGUGCUAAAAAAUUUAUAAGCAAAUGCAUAACUUAAAGAAAAUGUCUGAAAAUAAUGAAUUGUGUGUUGUAAAUGAAAAAUAUGAAUUUAAAUGUGCAUCGGAAAAAUUUGAAAGUGUAAAGGCAUUACAGUAAUUCCUCAACCAAACUAAAAUGCUAUUAAAUUAUUCCAAAGUUAACCAAAUCGUAGGCUUCCGUGCCGCAGCUCACACAAAGUGUCCAAUUCGAAUUCUUAUACUGAAUUGUUUAGUUUGAAUUUUCACACACCAACAAAUGUCUGUUGGAUAGAGAACAACAAACAUUGAUCAGCUGUUUGCAUGCGCAAAAGGGAAUGGGACCUAAAAAGCGUCUCAUUACAGCAGCUGCCGCCGCCGCCGCUGCCGCCACUACUACUGAGCGUCAACAACGUUCGUCUGCCCAUAUAGCCGCAACGGCAAAGAAGCGUCACGUUCCGGGAAAGGCGAAUAUUUCACCAGUGGGCCGCAAGCCGAUUGCCAGUAACGUAACGACGGUAAAACGUAGCGCUGCCGGUCGUACGCCUUCGCCCGCAAAGAGACAGCAAACAGCGAUCAAUAAGGAGCGCGAGAAAGAAAAGGACAAAGAGAAAGAAAAGGAUAAGGAGAAAGAGAAGGAGAAGGAGAAAGAAAAGGAGAAGCAGAAGGAAGAAAAGUUAGAGAAAGUUGAAAGUAAAGAGUUGGAUACGGCUGACAUUAAACCAAAUGAGACAGAGCAAAAAGUUCCGCUUGCCAAAAAUAACGAAGAAAGUUUAGGAAAGCUCAGUUUAGAAAAGGACCAACACAAAGCGCAAUCUGUGCAACCCGAGGAAUUGGUCAAGAAAAUUGCUGGGACGCAUAUAUCCAAACCAACAAAGCGUACACCGUCUCGUGAGAAUGUGAAGAAAUCUAACGCUUCCGAGACGAAAGAUAAGUCUUCCUGUACUUCCAAUAAGAAAACGGAAUUGGAGAAGCAAAAGGCUGAUUCCGAACCGCCUGCAAGCACAUCAACCUCAUCUUCUGCUGCCAACAAGAACAAAGCGGACGACCGCAAGGAUGGGAAGACCAAAGCCAUAAGUAAAAUGCUUAAAAGUCUCGAUAUACAAAUAAGCGGUUUCGAUAAUAUACUGCCAAGCGAAGAACGCAUACAAGAUACUCUCAAGUCCUCCAUUUCGGAGAAUGUGAAGACUAAGUCGCGUGCUGCGGCGGUUAAGGUGAUAGCAAGUUUGAAUCCGCCGAAGUCGAAUAUAGCGCGUAUUAAAGCGCGACAGGAGGAAGAGAGAAGGGAGAAAGAAAAGGAAAAAGAGAAGAGCAAGGACAGGGAUAAAGACAAAGAGAAAGAUAAAGAUAAAGAAACAGAAAGUGAGAAGGAUAAGGAAAAAGAGCAAGAAAAGGUUGAUAUUAAUUGCAAGGAAACCGAGAGUGGGCAUGUAAUUUCACAAACACCCAAAGAGGAGAUAAAAAUAACUACACAAGAAUCUCCAGUCACACAAGAAAAAGCUCAAAAAUCAAACGAAACUUCGAUAGACUCUAAUAAAGUUAAUUCUUCGAAACCUAACGAAUCUCAAGCGUCUCCCAGUGAAACAAUUAAAAAUCCUUUAACCAAAAUGGCGCCUAAGAAAAAAGUAGCGGCCAAGCGUGCCAAUAAACCCGACACUUAUCAAAAGAACAAAAAAGCAACUACUCAAAAAGCGACCGACAAUGGUUCCAAAACACAGAAAAUGACUACCAAACCCACAAAUUCGACCGAAGUUGGUACCCCGUUAAAGAAGAGGCCACUGAAAUCAAAGCCGAUAAAGAAAGUCAUCGAAGAGAAAAAGAAAGAAGAAAUUGCCGAAGCUGCAGAUAUGGCAGACAAGCAGUGCAAGGUUGUGGAACCACCCGAUCCACCGGACCAAGAAAAGAGCGAAGAAGGAAAGGGCGUGAAAACACCAAAAAAGACCCCAUCGCCGAAAAAAGUUAAGACGAACCCAAAGAACACGGACAAGUGCAAUAUUCAGGAGCCUGAGAAGCCGGUUGACGAACGGCCAGAACUAGUAGAAAAAGAGGAAACUUUAAGAAUAGUAUUAGACGCUAAUACGGAAGUAGUGCAAAUGGAUCUAGAAGAAAUGCCGGUAUGUGCAAGUGCUCCGAAAGAAGUAGAGCACAAAAAAGAGAAUAAAGACGAUGUAGAGCACAAUUUGGAGACUGAUGAUAAACAGCAAACAAUAAAGCCAGAAGAAAGGACUGAAAGAACCGCGACCUCGUCCACGUCCACGUCUUUGGUUGGCAAGAAGCAAACGUCGAAUAUCAAGCAAAGAUUACAAAACAAGUACAAAGUGCCGCCGAUUAAAUCCAGUGGCGCCAAAUUACUUAGCAAAAAAUCAAAGUUUGCAGAAAAGCUGGUGGUUAAUAAAUCUAAUAGUGCCGUAGCAAAGGACGACAUUUAUGACUUCAGGUCAGGUUCUGAGGAAGAAGAUAAUAUUAAAAUGGUGCUACCUACACUUAAAAAUUUACGCGAGUUCGCCGAUGAAGAAAAUAAAACAAAAUCUACUAAAGAAGCUCUAAAGAACAAACCGAAGUCGAUUGUGACAGACGAGCAGGCAGAGAAGACCGAAGCAGUACUAGAAAAUGAAGAAGAAAAAAAUGUCGAAGAGCCCGCACAGGAGACCGUUGAGCCAAUGGAAAAUCCCAAGGUUGAUGAAAGCGCUAAAACCGAAGAAAAUGUAGAUGCUUUGAAAUACAACGUUCAGGAAAAUGAAAAUACGGUAGCUAACCCUGCGCCGAAAGCGAAAAAGGUAACCAAAACAAAGGUGACACGGAAGGUGUAUAAGAAAAAACCAUUAAUUACAAAGAAAGUUCUCAAAACCGUGAAGGGAACGAUAUUGCAAAAGGCAUCAAAACAGAAAGCGAAGGCCAAGAAAGUGAAUAGGGAAUCUUCAACAGCCACCAGUGAUUCGGAAGAUGAGAAAAAGUUAAUUGAUUUCGGUCCCAAACGACAUCGUAUGGCAUCAUUGAAUGCACUAGCCAAAGUACAGUGUCUCUACGAGAAUGAAUCGCGUACGGCCUACGAGUUGGGUCUAUCAAAGGCGACACAGCUUCCUCCUAAAAUUCGCACCGUUGAUGGAAGUGAUGACGAAAAAGAUAAAGAUAAAGACAAGGAUAAGGACAAAGAAAAAGAUAAUGAUGAAAAAGUUAAGGUAAAGAAGGAGAAAAAACCAGAAGAUAUCGCCAAAGCUAUUGAGGUCCAGAAAGCAGAGUCCGAGGAUGAAUCCCAAGAGGUGGAACCGAAGCGUGAGCUGCGCCAUGUGCCAGGCGGCCGUGGACUCGGUAAACAUUGGGAGUUUGAAGAAAGUGGCGACAGUGAAGACGAGGAGAUAGAUAAAAUGAAGCUGAAACGCAAGAAGUUGCAGAAAAAGUUGGCUAAUAAGAAGGAAAAGGAAGCGGAGAAGCUAAAAGAGAAGGAAAAAGAAAAGGAAAGAGAGAAAGAAAAGAAGAAUGACGAGGCUUCUGGUAGCAAAGCUGGCAAAGCAAAAGAAGAUAAAGAGAAAGAUGGUCAAAAAGAAAAGGAUCCCAUUAAAGUAAAGCGAAAAUAUACCAAGAUUAAGAAGCCAUUGAAGAAAAUAGUUAAAUUAAAGUCCGAAAGUUCCGAUGCUGGCGAGAACUCCGAAGCGAGCGAAAAUGAAGCCAAACCUGAAGAUAAGGAGAUAUCAAAAGCACACAAAGCCAAAUUGGAGGCACGAAAGCCGCCAAAGAAGCGUAAGCGUAUGCUACGCGAGGAGCUAAUCGGUGAUUAUAAAGGCAUCUUGGCACGCAAACGUAUGGCCAGUCUUAAUGCCAGCGCCAUUGUGGCAGCCACUUAUGAAGUGGAACGUCAUCUGGAUAAGAAUCUUGCCUAUGGCAGCUACGAAAGCAGCGACGGCGAAGAGAAGGCUUCUACGCCGGCUAAAAAAUCCAAGGAUGCGAUAAAAGACGGCCGGAAAGCAUCCGUAGCCACAGUGACAACCGAAGAGACAUCGGCCACAAAGGGAACCAGUGAUGCCACUGCCAAUACCAAUGCUACGGCCAACAGUUCGAAUGCGUCCAAUGCAAGCGGCACAGCAAGGGAGUCGAGGCCAAUGAAUAUAAAUGAAGAGAGUAAUGACUCAAAGUAUUCCAAAGAAACCAAAGAGACCAACACAGAUACAACGACAACGGCUGGUUUUCGUGAUUCGGGCAGCACAAAAGAUGCCAAGGACUCCAGCCGACCGACCUCGUCCAGUGUGGUCAUAGUUCAAGAUACUGACGUUACUAUAACGGGAGUGUACGUAAAUUCCACAACCGGGUCAAGUCAAGAGGCCUACUGCAAGAUGCAAUAUCGCGUACAAUCAAGUGUUACCGAGGAGAGAUUACUGCGUCCAAGCUCAGUUGAUCCACCAAAAUCUUAUACGCCGUUAAGCGCGCUCUCCAGCAUGUUGCCGCCGGGUGCUACAGCAGGCGCAGGUGGAGCAAUGAGUGAAGCGCAUGGCUCACCACCGCCACCGCCACAGCUCAAUGCGAUCGGCACCACACUGCCAGAGGCGCUGAGCGCGGCAGGUAUGUACCACGCCAGUGACUUGGGACUGCAUACCGAACACGGCGCUCCAGAACAUGGCCCACCGCCACCUUCCUACGCUGCCGCAGCCGCCGCCGCAGCUGCCGCCUACCACGCACAUCACUUGUCUCCAGCUGCUGCAGCGGCUGCUGCCGCCGGUAUGCAUGUACACCAUCAGCAUCAAUAUGCGCACGCACAUGCGCAUCAAUAUCCACCAGUAGGCGGUGAACACGGAAUUCAUGGUGGACCACCACCCCCAACAGCCUCUGGUCCACCGCCGCCUCAUCACUAUCAAGCACCACCACCGCCACCUCCACAUUACGGGCCGCCACAGCCACCGCCUACAUCGAGCGUAGUCGGUCAGGGACGCUGUGAUGUUGGUUCGCCACCGCCAACCUAUCGUUCAAGUAUCUACGCGCCGCCAACGGGCCCGCCGCAACCACAGGCAGCGCCUGGCGGCUUGUUGCCGCCGCCACAUUCCUCACUCUCAAUGACAGCGGGAGGUGGCGCGAGUGCCUUCUGUGCGCCCAAUCUACAUCAUCAGCAAGCACAGCACCAACAUCAGCAACAACAACAGCAGCAGCAGCAACAGCAAAUGGGACAGCAACAGGACACAAGUGGUGAGUCGAUACAAAUAAUUUAUUAUAAACUUUUAUAUGUUUAUUCUUUAUAAGGGGGGUUUCUUUUUGAGGGCAGGUUCGACCAUAUUUCAUAUGCUACAUGCUGGCAAGCAGCGAGAUACAACAAAGUUAAGCAACAACAAUAGCCUCAAAUAUAACAACAAGCCGUAAGUGUCGUGUGAUUGCUUCCCGCUUAUGGUUGAAUGCCAGCCAAGCGCUCUAAUGCAUUUAUGCCGCGCCAGCUCAUAUUAGCAGCCAUCGCCUUGGAAUUCUAACGUUCAACGCUUGCCUCACUUGCUGUGCAGCAGCACAUUUAGAGACUGCUCUCAGUGCCAAUUAAAUUUUUAAUUGGAUUUCUAGUUGGUCGUGUUGUAUUUCCGUUGAACUGAGUUCAUCUAGGUUAGUUGAGUUGAGGCAUUGCUGAGGCUGCCUGCUUUCUGCUGUCCGGCCAACUUAAGUGAAAGCCUUUAACCCUGCAUAGGGUUAAAGUGGAGUACACUAAACAUGGCUGCUGUUGUAGUUGUAUGCCUUACUUGACUGUUGUUGAGCCAGAAAAAAGGGUGUUAAAAUAUUGGGCUUAGCAAAUUGAAUUUGAGUGGCUAUCCUUGAAGUUAUGGGCAGAACUUUCGAAAAUGAGUAAAAUGUGCUAGGUAAUUUGCUAGCGAUAAAAUUGUAUUGAAACGAGUUUGAACCGGUAAAAACUCGCUUUAGUUUUCAUGAGGACGGACUGUUCCGUGUGUAGAAGUCCAUGCAAGUGGGGAAAGUCUUUGAUCGCCAUCCACUUGGGAGUGGCCAGGAGGAUUCUUCCGCAUACGAUUUAAGGAGCUCACAACUUCCGGGCUUCGCUCAAGUAUCCUCUGAGUACUUUCCGAACACCCGUUUGAGAGCGAGUUAAUGUGAGAAGGCGCAACAGCUCAGGAUAUCUGGUUGUGCGCUAGUUUUGAGACGCGCCACGUUAAAUUCCUUCCCCAAUGAAAAUGAAACAAUGCCUCGGAUGACCUCCGAUCAGGUGGAGAAGGACUUGACUGCACUUGAUGUGUCUAACUGCGGCCGGUUAGCAGGAGAAAGAAAGCACAGGUGCGCUCGGCCAAAAUCGCUUAAACGGUUAUCACACGAUACCAGUUAAGAAAAAGAGGAAGAAGAAGAACUUUUCCGACUUCUCUUGCUAAUUAAAUAAGAAGUGUGAAUUUCUGAAGUGAAAUAUUAUUUCUAUACCUAGUUUCCUUCCCUUUUCACAACAAAUGUAUGCCCUUAUAUCCACAAAGUGUAGUCCCUCCCCUAUUGACCUAAACAAUACACCUUCUGCAUGCAAACACAUACAUACCUACAUUCAUAAUACGUAUCCACAAUAUUCCAUCUGUCAUGUUUCAGCCUAUGCCUGCUUAUCCUUUGGAAUGUGGUGCCCUGCGUGUAUCCUUCCCCCUCCUUUGCUAACUUCAUCCUUUCACACAUAUUGGCAUUUUCGCAUUUGCAUUAAAUGCCAUUUAAUUUGUCAUUACCAGCGUCGUCUCGUUUGUCUGUCGCUCUGUCGCUACCUAAAUGGCUGGCUGACUGACUCAGCUGACGAAUGAGCGUGUUGGGAAUUUCGUUUAACGAGCUGCCGAUCCUUGUCAGCAUAAUUUAAUGUCUGCCAGUGUUGUUUGGCAGGUGGUAGCUGUUGAGUUUGUUGUUGUUGUUUCGAGUAGUUGGCAUAUUUAAGUAACACACUGCUAGUUGAUAUUGUUGUUGUUGUUGUGUUACGUGUCAAUAAAAUAGAAAUCAAUGUUAAUUAUUGCUUUUGCGGUGACACUUGAGGUGUUGGAAUUUAUGUAUUAAGGUCACAUUGAUUCGAUAUGUAAAGGGUGGCCCAUCUAGUGGGUGGAAGUUAAUUUAAUUCGCCUAUGAAUAAUAGGGUCAGACAUAUUUGUGAUAAGGGAAGCUGAUGAAUCGCAUGAAUGCAAUGAGACAAUUAUAUCGAAAGUCGAUCAUUAUCGAUUACUCGAAGCGUUUAUAUUUAGUCUGAGUCAGCUGAGCUUGUCACCCUAAUGUGGGAACAGAUCAGGGCAAGCAGCUGUUAGCGAAUUGGGAUUGAGAAAGUUAUCGCCGACAGUUUUUUUAAAUAACAUACGAAAGAACAAAAUAAAUCUUAAGAAAUAUAUUUCAAAAAAAAAAAAAAAAAUUAAAAUAACAUAAGUCAGUAAAAUUAAUAACAUUAAUAAACAAAAAAUCGGUAACAAGCAACAAAAAUUAUUUAUCCAUAUUUCUAUUGAGAAAAAAUCUAUUUUAGCCUACUUACAAAUGCUUCCAAGCCAUAAAAUAUGCAACAGACAAUUGAAAUUUAAUAUCAAAGUUUCAUUUGUGCUCUUUAUCUAGUAAUUUUUCGCGUUUCAUAAUCUAUUUACGUUAAUAAUUCCCGAAUUUCAUAGUUUAGAAAUAUUGAAAGCGCCUAAAGGUAUGCUAAACUUCAAUGCACAUUAUUUUAUUGAUAAGCUUCAUGCUUAAAAUGCAGACCACAGUAAAAAAAUAACAUCUUCAACUGUGCCGCAAAAAUAUAGGUAGAGCGCCUAAAAGCAAACUCAAAUUUAUAUUUUCCACCUAUUUAUUCGUAAACUUAACGCUUAAACCACACGCCGUAGUAAGAAAAAUACAACCUAUAACGGUACUUCAAAAGCAGACUAUUACUUUUUUUCUGAAUAAAUUUAUUGCUUUAAUCGAGCAGCUCAAAAUCGUCAUUUCGUACUAUAAAGACAAACACUAGAAUGUGUUGGCGCCUCUAAGUAUGCUUCAAAACUAAAAGGCAAGCGCCAAAAAUGGACUCAGCAAGCCGUCAAUUUGCAUAUUCAUGAACUUUGUGUUUGAUUGGCACCCCCCAAAAUCAAAGUCAUCACCACACAUACUAUCACAUCUCGAAGUAUGCUUCAAAAGCGUAACUUAAUACUUUUUGGCAGCUCAUGCAAUUAUUUAAGUUUUUUACUUCCGUUUUCUAAACGUAAAUCAAAUUCAUUUUCACGCACGAUUGGCGCUUAAUUGGCUGCACUUAAACUUUUGCUUGUAUGAAAUCGGACGAGCGAAGCUGGGGCAAAGCGCAUCGAGAAUACUCUUUUACUGUUCAUUAAGUAGCGGAAAAUUAUGUGCGAGCGCCUAAAUUUAGGCCUUGCAAAAUAUUGUUAAAUGAAGGAGAGCGCACAAGUGAGAAAAUUUAUGAAAGCGAGUUUAGUCUAUAGUUUUGUGCAGAAGAGGAGCCAAUCAUUUGGAAGAUAUUAUUACGAAAAACUUAAGCGCAAGGCGCAGUUUGGGUGGUUGGGUGGUAUUUAGGGAUAUGCAAAAUGGAGUGUCUUGGGCAUUUGGUUUUCGACAGUAAUUUAGUGUAUUUUAUAAAGUUAAUGUAUCUAAAUUAAAAAAAGUGUAAUUUUGCACGAAUGCACCUUUAUUGCGCACCUUCUCACAUGUAGUGCUCUGCGGUGGCCAUCACAACUUUUUAUUGGUUCUGCUAAAAUCAACUAAGCAAAGAAAAUUCUUUAGUUCCAUAGUAAAUCUUGUUUCUUUGGAAAAUUAGAAAAAUGUCACCGUCUAAAAGUUGCAUUCGAAUUUUCAAAAAACAAAAAAAAAAUAUUUAUUGUUCAAAAAAACUAAAGUUUAAAGUUUUUGUCUUGGCACGCAGUAACUUGUCGUAUAAUUUUGAGGUUGGCAAAUCUCCGAAAUUAUUUAUAGAACUGAUUUGAAAUUUGCAGCGAAGAUGAAAAAACAAAAUGUUUUUUUUUAAUUUAAAGGUCUUUUC